AUGGAUAACGAGAUAAAACAAGAGCAACAUGUGAGCAUGGCUGAAGUAGAAGAACCAUCCAGUGGAAGCGUCCUCUGCUCCAUUAACCACCCGCUGCAGCUACCAGAGGCCACAGACCAGAAAGAGGUAGUCCUUCAUAUCCUGCAGGCAGCUCGUGUCCAACCAGCCGCUGUGAUGCCAGUCCUCACAGUGAUGCUCCAGCAAGAUGAUGUGUCGGUCUGGCAGAAGGUAGCCAUGUACCACAGCCUCCGGGCCAUGCUGGAGCAUGGCCUGGAGGUGGGGCCCGUGCAGGAUUUAAUCCUGGUGGCCUCCAGGCAGCUGAGAGCAACUUCAGAGCAAGGGGUCCCACGUGAGCUCCAGGUGGCCGCCAGCAGUACCUUGGCCACCUUUGCCCGCCAUCACUUCAACCCCAUCAUGACGGAGCUCCAGAGGCAACUCAAGCCCUUCACGCAACCCGACGAGUUCCUCCUCCUCACCCUGGGCAAGAUGGCAGCCAACAAUGUAUAUGGCUGUGUUCCCUUCCUGGGCAUCACCCUCACUACCCUGCAAACCACCAUGCGUCGGAUGGAAGACGGCAGAAGGCGCAGGGCCCUCUGCAUGGGUGAGUGUUGCUCCAAGCUCGACCCCUUGGAUGGAGCGGGUCCCAAAGCCGCUAUCUACCUGCUGAACAACUUUGCUGUCUGGAAGGGAAAUGGCAAAUGCUUCUUUCGUGUUGCCCCCCUGGAGCAGAUAUGUGAGGCUAUUCGGAUCUACCUGCGGAGCUGGGAGAGGAGUUCCCAUCCCCGCCUCAGGGUCCAACAGUUCUCUACCUACCUUCUCCCUCUCUAUGCCUGCAUCACCCACACCUGGCUACCAGGGAGCGAUGUUCAGGUCAAGCUGGCCAUCCUGAAGGUGCUGAGCCCCAUGCUGAGGAUCCUGCUGACCCAGAGGGAGCACCAGGUUCAAAUCCACGAUGACCUCUCUUUGCUGAUGGCACAGUACGAAAGCAACCUGGAGGCCACACAUAUCACAAAGAUUCUGGGCCAGAUUUUGGAGGCUUCUCUUGUGAACAACAAUCCGAUUCCCAGCAUGCACGUGGAGCCCCUGGCUUGCAUUCUGACCCACCAGCACAAAAAUGUGCAUCCUGGGGCACUAAUUUCUCUGCCAAAGCUUAAUUCUUCACUCCAGUUAGCCCGUUCCCACCCCUCCGAGCUGAUGGGAUUCUUCCAAGUGAAACUGGACGAAAAUGAAGAAGACUUGCGCGUAGUUUUGUUGGUAUUGCUGUCCAUAAUCAUUGGCGCCCAAUUGCCUGAGCUCUGGACCAGAAGGCAGAUGUGCGUCAAGGCCACCAAGGUGGUUCUGAGUGACAACGCUAUCAGGGUCCGUUUCGCAAUGCUCCAGGUCAUUGGCAAGCUCCUGCAGGCUGGCUACCUAGAGAAAGUGGAGGGCUGGCCCCUGAACUACAUCUCCCUGCAGCUGGCUAUCUCUGCUCGCCAACUGGGCUGCUCCACCCUGAGCCUCCCAUUGGGUGGGCUGGAGGAGAAGGCGAUCCAGAGAGCCAGCACGGAUGCUCUGCAGGUGGCGGUGGCUUCGGGGAGAGGCACCAGCCAGGAAUUAUGGGGCAAGUUGCUUUCCUACCUGAUGCAGCCACAUUUGACAGGUUGUGCCACAUCUCUGUGCCACACCUUGAGGCUGCUGGCUGAGCAGCGGAUGCGGAGAGCUGUUGAAGAUGGCUUGGAGGCAGUGGAUUCGCCAACUCCCCAGGAACUGCUGGCCCGGCUCCUGAGCCUGGUGGUUUCUCCCUUUGAAGGAUCUGGUCGUGGCACGGCGGUGCUGCUGCUGUUGCAGGCUUUGCGCCUGGAGAUCUACAAGAACGUAGCCAAGCAGUGGUGGGUGGAGGUCCCGGCUCUCGUUCACCUUCUGGAAGGACACAGCAAGUAUACCCUGGAGCAGGCUACAUGGAAGCACAGGCUACUGGAGUUCCUGAAGAAAUCCUUGUGGAGAAACCAGGAUGGUGGCUGGAACCUAGAUCUGGGACACGAACUGGCCAAGCAAAUGGGCAAUUACCCCAGCUCCUCGGCAGAGAAGGAAUUCCUCUACAAGGCCCUGGGCACAGCUUUGUCCACUGUGGGAGACAUGGACGGAGUGAUGCUGCAUCUCCAGGAGUUGCUGUUGAGUGCGGAUUAUGCAGACGAAGACCAGCGAGAAAGUCUUUGCUGGUGCCUUGCUUAUUGUGGCGAGGGACAGUUCCCAGCCAUCCUGAAGGCCCUGAGCCACUUUGAGGAGGAAAUCUCCAAGGGGGAAGAUUCAGCUCUCCUUCACUUCAGCCAGGACUUGCAACAGCCAGGGAGGGGCAGAGUGAAGAGCGCCCUCCUCCUCCUGUACAGCAGUGCCACGAUCCGUGCUCCUCCGGACCAAUUGCUACUUCAUCUGACAGCUGAUGUCCUGCCCAAGAUUCUGCACCAUUUCACCACAGCCAGCUGGGAGGGUGCCAAAGAUCCUGAGCUAAUCCUGAGCUUCACGCGGUGUGUGUCUGAGAUCUGCCUUUCCAUCCAAGGUGGAGGGGAGGCCAUAACCUUCCUGUUGCCCCACAAGAGAGCUCUUGUCGACCAUCUUAUGGGCAUCCUCAAAACACAGCCCUUGGAUGCCUUGAUGUCUCCCGCCCCCCAGAAGGUCAUGGUGGCCCUCCGGCACCUGAGAAGAGUGGUUCCCAACCUGGGGUAUGUGUACCCUCCGGGGUACACACCAGAACAUUUGGAGAUGCAUGAAAAAAAAUUAUAUAAUGGAGGGAAAAGCAAAGUGCCAGAGGCCCUGAGCCACGAGGAGAACCGGGAGCUGAUAGAGCUGUGUCUGGCCUACCUCUUUGCCCUGCCUCCCGUGGAGCUCAUGAACAGCGCAAGUGAGCUUCUAUAUACCGGCACUAUGGCUUCCCUGGCAGAGCUGGUGAAAUCCCUGCUGGAAGAAAAGGAAGACAGGGAAGAUGCCGGUUCACAGAGGAUCCAGGAGGCCUUCCAGCUUUUGUGGUACUGGCUGAUUUCUGAGCGAGAAUGGGAACGUGCCCGCGCCAUGCAGCUCGCUGCCCGCCUGCUGAAAGAAUACCACCCAAGGAUCACUGCUUCGCCAAAGGUCUCCUAUGGGCAGUACAGCCAUCUAGUUGGCACACUGGGGCCUUUCACCUAUGACACCCAUGGUGCCAUCCGCCAGGCUGCUGGUGACUGCAUCAGGACCUUGCUGAACAUUCAAGGCAUCAUCACUCUCCAGACACCACAGGGUCGCCGUGACGACUGGAAGCUGCACCGCAUCCUGCAAGAUCUUCAUAGCGAGUGCCAGCGAGAGGCGCACUCGGCCUCUUUCCAGCUGGCCAAAAUGGUCAGCCGCACCAUCCCCCAUGAAGAGGUUUUGACGUUCAUGUGCUCCUUGAUGGAACAGCUGGGAACUGUGAGCGUUUCCUGUGACCGGGCUGCCAUCCUGUGGUUUGAGGUGAUGGUGGGGGAACGGGACCCGGACUUGAGAGGCAAGAUCUGCGACCUGGUGGCCUUCAUCUGUGCCAGUGUCCAGCAUUCCGAGGACCCUGCUCAGUGCCUGUCUCUGGCCCGGGCCAUGGCCACCCUCUCCAAGUACCAUCUCAAGACGGUCUGUGCCUCCCUCUUGGAUCAGCCCUUACUCCAAGACAGGGCGAGGAAAGAACUCUGGGCAGCACUCAUAACUCGUACGGAGAGCUGUGCCUCCAUCUUGAAGUAUUUGCUGAGACGGCUGAGAGCAGAAGGAAGGGCAGGGGAGGCGAAUGGUGGUGGCGGCCUCCACGGAUUGGUGCUCAGUGCCCUCCAGGAAGUGGUUGUGAGUCUGAACGGUGAUGCCCAGCUGCUCCCGCUACUCCCAGAGCUGUGCCACCUUCUCCUGAUCCGACUUAGCAGAGACCCAGAUGCAGAGGCGCAGGCGCCAGCUCUGAUUCUGGAAAGGAACGAGAACAUCGUGACGCCUCACAGGCAGACUUCUGGAGUGUUGCAGGCGGUGUUCCACAAAGCCCUGCCAAAGGUUGCAACAGAACUGGACCUGGGAGACACCUGGCACCUCCUGGCCGAGCCAUGCAGCUUCCUGAAAGGCGUUGCCCAGUUGGCCAGGGCCUUGGGGUGCUCGGCGAUCCCUCUCCUUGAUGGGCUUCUCAGCCUCCUCCUACCCUCUCUGAAUUCUUCCAGUGCAGCCAGCAGAGACCUCAGCCUCUUCUUCUGUGCUGAGCUAACAGGACAUCCCUUGCUGCACGAGCCACAGAUGCGCCAACUCCUCCUGCACCAACUGCUGACCAGAUCUCGCGACGGCGAUGCCACCACGCGUCUCCUCGCAGUGCGAGGGCUGGGGAACGUAGCAAAGUGUGCUCCGGAAGAGGCCAAGAAGCAGCAGAAGGCACUACUGGCAUCCCUGCUUGAAGCUGCGGGAGAAGCAGCCAGCUCUGAGGUGGUGAGAGAGAGCCUGCUUGCCCUGAACAAGGUGCUGGGCUGCCUCGGGGGACGCCGUCUGGGCCACACUCUCCAGGUUGUGGCUCGCCAGGCCCUUCUGCACCUCCAACAGGCGGACGCUGCCCUGCGGGCAGCAGCCUUCGAGCUGAUUGGCCACCUGGCCAAGGUAGCUCGCACAAAGCGGAUCAGGGCCUUUGCCAAGGAGGUGAGAGAUGUUUCCACUGCCCUCCUCUUGCACCUACAGGAUCCAAGCCCUGCCGUGGCCCAGGCCUGCUCCACGGCCUUCAUCUUGUGUGCCCCAUUCCUGAGCCUCAAAGACCUUUCUUUGGGCAUGGACCCUGAAUUGUCGAUGGACACACCUGGAACGCAGCACUUUGUACUGAUGGACAGGAUUUGCCAGCAGUUGUCAUCUGGUUUGUGGGUGGGAAGGGCUGGUUCUUUCCUGCCCAGCGGAGACAGCCUUAUCUUUGGUCACUCUCAGGCUCGGAUGGACCCAGCACUCCUGGAAGUCCUAACUGCAGAAGUCCCCAAAUAUAUGUGCUGUCCCUGGGAAGAGAUCCAGAUUGCAGCUUGCAAACUGGCAGGAGUCUUGGCAGAGAACAUGGACCCGCAACGCCUUGGGCAGCUGGAUCUGAGACCACUACUGCAAUCUCUACACUCCUUGUGCGGAGACUGCUGUGCUGCCCUUGAUGUCGCUGCCAUGGAAGCCAUCAACACUAUCCGGCAAAAACGGCGCGUGGCAGAACAGCAGGCGAAGCCGGGAUGCUGGGUCGGUGGGCACCAACAGAGGCCAUCGCUUUCUGGCUGGUCCUUCUGUUGA